ACUUGGAAGCGUUUGAUUAGAUUGCAAAGUAAAUACCUACUCAAAAUGUAGGUACAUUGAAGAUUGGAAAUUUUUUUUCGAUAUUUUAGUUGUACCAUUUUGUUUAAAACAAAUCUUUUGCAAAAAUGGUCUAGUGUUAUGUGUUAAAAAAAUAUAUGUAUUUCUAGAAUAUUGUAAAAAUGCUACCUAAGGCCUUCAUUUUCGUCGCAUUGACCCAUCUACACCUUUUCCGGGUGAAUGGAGAAGCAGAUUUCGAAAAACUCCGAUUAACCAAAUACUUCGUCGAUAAAACCGAACUGAUAGCAACUUUCUUCGACGACGAAUUACUCCCUUAUCACUACAUCACAUACCCGAACGGAUUCGGCAAAUCGAUCAACUUACAAAUGCUGAAAUUAUUCGCAAACAUCGUCGUUGACGAGCACGGACACCCGGUGAAUUACCAAUACACCCAAACUUACCAUAUAUUCCAAGGUUUGAAAAUUUUCAAACACCACGACGUGAUUAAAAACCAUCUAGCUCAACAUCCAGUACUGCACUUGUCGUUCGUGAAAAUGAAAAACAUCUCGGACGAAUUCAUCUUAGGAUACUUAAACGAACGUUUACGAGCCUGUUUCGAAGAUUACGAAUGGUUAAUUCCGCUCCUGAAUGAUGACAAAAUAAUGAAUAAAAAACUUCAAAAAUUUCGCAUAGGAUUACAAGAGAUAGACUUUUUGAAAAACAUAUACUGGCAGAGAUUAAACUUAGCCGAUGCUGUGAGAGGAUUACAAACACUGAGUAAAAUUCUAACCGUGUAUUUCGGUAAAAGGACCAUCAUAUUGAUCGAUCAAUACGAUCAGGUUUUAGGUUCAUCGCCCAUAGAAUGGGACGAGACGGCGAAAUACGUUUAUAAUAUAAUCAACGCUAUGAUCGCUCAUGCUCUCGAAGGCCAUGAAAAAGUGGACCGAGCUUUGAUUUUUGGCACAAAUACGAUGUUGCCGUUUCGUGAAAGUCAUAUUAUUUUGAAUCGAAUCAGGCAUUAUCCUUUUUUAAGCGAACAUAUUUUCGAUAGGUUUUUCGGAUUUUCGGCUCACGAGAUGAAAAAAUUACACAGCACGUUUAAGUGUUCUUCAGACGAGAUACAUGGUUUGAGGGAAUAUUACAACGGAUACAAGAUUUUCGACUCGCACGAGACUAUAUUUAAUCCUCGAUCGGUGAUACAGUAUUUUUCCCAUAAACAUGGCAAUAAAACAUCUUUCAGACGUUACUGGAAAGAAGAAGAGAGAAUUUUGGAAUCAUUCGUGGCGGACGAGAAGUUCAAAAACGUUCUUAUUAAUUUGACUCGAGAUAUUCCAGUAUCGUUUAAUGUUACCGAUGUUUACUCCGAAUCGGAUUACAGGAGGUAUUGUGAAAAUAGAAAAGAUGAUCUAAUGCUGACUUUUUUGUUCGAUCGAGGAUACUUGACUCCGAUGAUGAAUAACGAUCAUUUAUUCGUGAUACCGAAUUAUGAAAUUAAAUUAGAUAUUGAGAAUGAAUUGGAAUAUAGCGGAGUAAAAUUCGAAUCGAAAAAAUGGACUCGAAUUAUUCCAACUCACAAUGCAGGAAAUCAGAAACCUUUGGAUAAUUCGACGGGAACGAAGCAUCUAAGCUGAGUAGAAAGAUUCGGUUGAAAAGAAAUGAGAAAAAGUUCAAAAUAAAUAUCAAUGUAUUUAUUCAAAUGAAUAACAUUACGAAAGACUUAAAAAUGUUAAAAAUAAAUAAAUGAAAAAAAGAAGAAGAAAGAAAGAAAAUAAUAUUCCAGGAACUUUUUACAUACUACUCUGGUGAUUUGGCUACCUUCGCUUGAACCGUUCUUCGCACAGCAAAAUAUACAAUAUUUGAUUAAAGCCAAUUUAUCGCAAACAGCGAAUAUAUAGUUUCACAUGACGGGUUAACCGCUUGAAGAAAAAAAAAACAGUAUAACGUAGUUAAAUACAUACAAUAAAUAUACAAUAAUGAGAACAUUUCGUAGUUUUUUUGCUUUAAAUUUUCGACUAAGAAUUAUUAUAAAUAGAAUAUAAAUUCCGGAGGGGAGAAUAAAUAUGAACAGAAAAAAAAAUCUAGAAAAAAAAACAAAAAAAUAAAUCAUCUACUGUUUUAAAUAGUCGUUCGAUAUGUAUAAUGUAUGUACCUAUGUAAUUAAAUAGACCAGAUCAGUGACCAAAUUUGUACUAGGCUAUUGCACGUAGAUCAGUACUCUCAAUCAUCGUAAUAUUAUUACAAACAAAUACAUAGAAAUAAAAACAUUUUUUCAACUAA